AUGAAUCCGAAUACAUACAGCAGGAGAACGGCAUUGAAUAGAGCCCGGUGGCUGGUGUUUGGUGUUCUAUGGGCCCACCAUGAUGGAAAGCAGAUCCAUGCCCGGCUCAUCCUCCUCUCGGUCAUCCCCGAAAACUUCCUCGCCUCAAAGCUCGUUUCCAUGUACUCCAAAUCUGGCCAAAUCCAUCACGCCCGUAAGGUGUUCGAUGAAAUUCCCCACAGAAAUAUCUUCUCUUUCAACGCCAUGCUCAUUGCCUAUUCUUCACAUGACCAGCACUCCGAAGCCCUUAGGCUCUUCUCGUCCUUGUCAUCAUUCAAACCCGCCCUUAAACCUGACAGUUUCACCAUCUCCUCCCUCUUGAAAGCCUUGUUGUCAGUGCCGCUUCCGCAUCCGAUAUUGGGUAAGGAGAUUCACGCUUCUAUGCUUCGGCAUGGCUUUGAUUCUGAUCUAUUUGUCACCAAUGCAGUGGUUACAUUUUACCAAUGCAGUUGCAUGGGCCUUGUGAUUUUUGUGGAGAAGAGAAUGAUGAGAAGAAUUCGCAGACAUGUGGGCACAAUUGCAGUAGCUAAAAGAUCAGGAAGUUCCACACAUCAGGUUUGCCAUGCUAAUAUCUUGAAUAUUAUACUAUUGGUCAUCUUCUUUUUCGUUGAACAGAGCCGCAGAGCGAGGGCAGAAAAGGAUUUACUUGAACUACAAGUGGUCCAGCUGAAUGUAAGGAAGUUGGAGGAUGAACUGAUGUCUUGGAAAUCAAUGCUGAAAGAGAUCCCUGAUGUUUCAUGUUCUGAUGAUAUACCCAGAAAAUUUGCCAGUUUGCAGAAAGAGCUAAUUGAUAGCAUGAUGAAGUUAGGUGAGAUCAGUGCUCAUCUGAAGCAGUUGGAGGUCGCCCUGGAAUCUGCAGACCUUGCUAAGCAACAUGCUGAAACAGAGGCUGCACUGGCCAAAGAGAAAGCUGAAGAAUCAUUGUUAGUGGUUAAACGGCUUGAGUUAAUGGUGAGGAUCAGGUCGAGCGACUCUUGGUGACGUUGCUUUUCCCUUGCCAUUUUGUAUGCUGUAUUUCAU